AUGAGUGCACCUCCAAAGUGCAUUGUGGCCUACAGCCGUAGGAUUGCUGUUCACACGCGGGGCAGUCACGGUGGCCUCAAGCCAUGUGCCCCCUUCUUUGGCCUUCGAGCAGCCCCAGUCCUACAGCAUGCGUUCCACUCCAGACGCGUCGAACAGCUGGAUACAGGCGUUCGGAGCUUGACUCGUCUACGCCCGUUGAGCCUGCAGCAGCGUAUCACGAAGGUCCAAAGCACAGCUAUUACGCGCUACGCAUCCCAUGCUGCAGCGGAGCCGCACGAUGAGGAGACCCCUACCUCACCGCCAUUCAGCGCUGGACCCUACUCGAACCUCACGAUUGGUGUUCCCAAAGAAAGCUACCCCGGUGAACGCCGAGUCGCCAUCACGCCUCAGAACGUAAAGCUACUGCUCAAGAAAGGUUUCUCUCGAGUUCUGAUCGAGCGCGGCGCUGGUGUUGAAGCUGAAUUCACAGACGAGGCGUACGAGCAAGCCGGCGCCGAGACCGUCGACCGCAGGAAUGUCUUCUCUGAGGCUGACAUCCUGCUGAAAGUGCGGGCUCUCAGUGUUGAGGGAGAAGACAGCGAGGUCGAUGCCCUUCGUGAGGGUGCUACUGUUAUUUCUUUCAUCUACCCCAUGCAGAACAAGCACGUCGUGGACAGGAUUGCAUCUCGCAGAGCUACUUCGUUCGCCAUGGACAUGGUCCCUCGUAUCUCCCGCGCUCAAGUGUUCGAUGCAUUGAGCUCAAUGGCCAACAUUGCUGGAUACAAAGCUGUUCUAGAAGCCUCGAACCACUUUGGCCGUUUUCUUACUGGACAGACAACAGCUGCCGGAAAGAUCCCGCCUUGCAAGGUUCUCGUUAUCGGCGCAGGUGUGGCAGGCUUGAGCGCGAUUGCAACUGCACGUCGUAUGGGCGCAAUCGUUCGCGGCUUUGAUACCCGCUCAGCCGCUCGAGAGCAGGUCCAGUCUCUUGGUGCCGAGUUCAUCGAAGUUGAGAUCAACGAAGAUGGUUCUGGAGCUGGCGGCUAUGCCAAAGUGAUGUCGAAAGAGUUCAUCGAGGCUGAGAUGAAGCUCUUCUACGAACAAUGCCGAGAAGUUGAUAUUGUCAUCACCACCGCUUUGAUUCCCGGGAAACCUGCGCCGAAACUGAUCACUAAGAGCAUGAUUGCCGCCAUGAAACCUGGCUCGGUAAUCGUAGACCUCGCAGCUGAGGCCGGCGGUAACUGUGAAGCUACCGAACCUGGUAAACUGACCAAAUCCGACGGUGUGACUAUCAUUGGCUACACUGACCUGCCGUCUCGUCUACCAACCCAAUCCUCUACGCUCUACUCCAACAAUGUUACCAAGUUCCUUCUCUCGCUGGUGCCAAAAGACAAGAAAGACAGCUACUACGAUGUCGAUCUUACCGACGAGGUCACGCGCGGCUCCAUUGUCACUUACGAUGGAAAAAUUCUCCCGACUGCUCCUCGACCAGCACCUCCACCAGCGCAAGCCAAACCAGCACCUUCGCCUGAGGAUCAAGUCGCGAGUGUAGUCGCACUGACUCCAUGGCAGAGCCAGUCUCGGCAGGUCGCAACUAUCACUGCUGGUAUGACCACUGCUCUGGCGCUUGGCAAGUACACCUCGCCUUUGUUCAUGUCAAAUGCGUUUACCUUUGCUCUGGCAAGUUUGAUUGGUUAUCGAGUGGUCUGGGGUGUCGCUCCUGCUUUGCACUCUCCUCUAAUGAGUGUCACUAACGCCAUCUCUGGCAUGGUUGGUAUUGGAGGCCUUUUCGUCAUGGGAGGCGGCUACCUGCCAGGAACCAUUCCUCAGACACUUGGUGCGCUGUCCGUUUUGCUCGCGUCAGUCAAUGUCUCCGGAGGUUUUAUGAUCACCAAACGUAUGCUGGACAUGUUCAAGCGUCCAACGGACCCUCCAGAGUAUCCUUGGCUUUAUGCAGUCCCCGCCGUCUUGUUCGGUGGAGGUUAUGUUGCAGCAGUCUCGACAGGCAUGGCUGGUCUGGUACAGGCCGGCUACCUGGUCAGCAGCGUCCUCUGCGUGGCAUCGCUCUCCGGUCUCGCAUCUCAAGUCACAGCUCGUCGAGGUAACCUACUUGGUAUACUUGGUGUUAUGUCGGGUAUCAUCGCUUCUUUGGCUGCAGUUGGCUUCACGCCAGACGUGCUUACUCAAUUCGCCGGAGUGGCUGCCAUUGGUACUAUUGCUGGAUUGGCCAUUGGUAGACGCAUCACGCCCACAUCACUCCCGCAGACAGUCGCCGCACUGCAUUCCGUGGUCGGUCUUGCAGCUGUUCUGACUAGCAUCGGCAGUGUUCUUGGCCAUACUGGCGACAUCUCAACGCUGCACUUGGUAAGCGCCUACCUUGGUGUUCUUAUUGGCGGUGUUACUUUCACAGGAAGUAUCGUUGCCUUUUUGAAGCUGGCGGCGAAGAUAUUUUCCAAGCCUCUAGCGCUUCCUGGACGCCAUCUUAUCAACGGUACGCUUCUUGGUGCGAACGCAGCUACACUGGGAGCCUUCCUGACAUACGCGCCCGGGGCGCCCCUCAUUGGCGCCGCUUGCUUGGUUGGUAAUGCAGUACUCAGCUUCAUCAAAGGAUACACGACAACGGCAGCCAUUGGUGGCGCAGACAUGCCGGUUGUCAUUACAGUCUUGAACGCGUACUCAGGCUUUGCACUGGUCGCCGAGGGAUUCAUGCUGGACAAUUCUUUACUAACCACAGUUGGUGCCCUGAUUGGUGUUUCGGGCUCCAUCCUUUCGUACAUCAUGUGCGUGGCCAUGAACAGAUCUCUUACCAACGUCUUGUUUGGCGGUAUAGCUGCAACACCCCAAACGCAGACGAAGAUUGAGGGUGAAAUCACCAAGACCACUUCAGAGGAAACAGCGGAAGCCCUACUAAAUUCUGAGAACGUCAUCAUCGUUGUCGGUUACGGAAUGGCCGUCGCAAAAGCGCAAUAUGCUAUCUCUGACUUUGUCAACGCGCUGCGCGCUAAGGGCAUCAACGUGCGUUUCGCCAUCCACCCAGUUGCCGGUCGCAUGCCAGGACAGUGCAACGUGCUACUCGCGGAAGCCAGUGUGCCCUAUGACAUUGUGCUCGAGAUGGACGAGAUCAACGACGACUUCUCCGACACAGAUGUCACGCUCGUCAUCGGCGCGAACGACACCGUCAAUCCAAUCGCUCUGGAGCCUGGUUCUGCUAUCGCCGGCAUGCCGGUCUUGCAUGCUUGGAAGAGCAAGCAUGUUAUCAUCAUGAAGAGAGGUAUGGCGAGUGGGUAUGCAGAUGUGCCGAAUCCAAUGUUCUACAUGGAGAACACAAAGAUGCUGUUUGGCGAUGCUAACGAUAGCUGCAAUGCUAUCAAACGCGCUCUCGAGGAGAAGAUCAAGGGCCUUUGA